AUGUCAAAAUUCAUACAAAGAAAUAUUUCGUUACUUCAAAAAUCAAUGGUGUCAAAUAAUUUUAUUCGUCAAAGAAUUUUUGUACCUAGUAAUAACAAUACUUUCUUUAGUAAAACUAUUGGAAUGAGGAUUUUACCAACAUUAACCAUGGUUCAAGAAUUGAGAAGACGUAAUAUUUAUGGACAACGAAAUUUGAAUUAUGGAGUUGAUAAUAGUAGACCUGGUGAUUGGAUUUGUAAAGGUUGUGGUUAUAAUAAUUUCUCUUUUAGAAGUUCAUGUAAGAAUUGUGGUGAAAAACCAGAAGUUCGUAAUGUUGCAGAAGGCGAUUGGGUAUGCCCCAAUUGUGACUUUUAUAAUUUUCGAUCUAGAACAGUUUGUUUUAAAUGUGAGACUCCUUCCCCUAAUCCUCCUAUUGAAGUAGAAGGUGAUUGGACAUGUCCAAAUUGUAAAUUUCUUAAUUUUAAAUCUAGAAUAACUUGUUUCAAAUGUGAUACGGCUUCCCCUAAUUAA